AUGGAAGCUCUUUCUUCUCGGUGCCCUCGCAGUGCAGCAGGCCCCGCUUAUUUGCAAGAAGCAGCCAGGUCAGCCCACUGGGCCUCUCCACCUCUUGUGCCCCUUCGCACAUUUCAGAGCUCUCUCUUUUCCUCUGGGUCCUUCCAUUCAGGAGAGGAGGAGGAGGAGGAGAUGAGCCUGUUGUGAACGGCGUUGAUGGGGCAGGGGCCGGUUCCCCUGUUUCUGGGGAGCCUUUUCUGUGCUGUUUGCAGGCAGGGGCCCUCAGUGUGGAGCUGCGGUGAGCCUGUGCCCCGUCGUAUUUGGGUCACAGCCUCCGUGACCCCCAGCCCCCGCCAGGCACUCCACACCUGCAGUGAUUCGCUUGAUAUUUUAAAAGCACUCCAUCUUCUGCCUGCUGCCUUCUCUCCAUUCAUCUGGGUUCAGGUUUUCGCCGAGCCAUCUAAUAAAGAAUCCAGUGGGGAGAAUGAUGGGGGCGAGGAGAGGGAAAGUGCUAACAUUUAUUAA